UUGGCGCCGAUGGUUCGCGCUUCGACGACACCCUUGCGGACGCUAGCUCUGUCCUACGGUGCUGAUUGGGUGUACACAGAAGAAUUGGUGGACCGGGCGCUUACUGGAACCAUCCGUGUAGAAAACAAGGAGCUAGGUACGAUUGACUACGAGAGAGGCAAGCUUGUCUGUCAGCUAGGUUCCGGUGAACCAGACCUAGCGUUGGCGGCCGCCCUACACGUACAUCAAGACGUCGAUGCCAUCGACCUCAAUAUGGGAUGCCCAAAGAAGUUCAGCGUUUCUGGUGGAAUGGGAUCCGCUUUACUUUCCGAUCCGGAACGAGCCUGUCGGAUAAUCCGAACAUUGACCGAGAAUUUAUCAAGCAAGGGUAUACCAGUCUCAGCUAAGAUUCGACUGCUGAAGGACGUUUCCAGUACUGUGGCCUUCAUAGCAGGUCUCGUGGAAGCUGGCGCGAAAGCCAUAGCCGUUCACGGCCGCCAGGUGUCCGAUGAUUGCACUGUACCGGCACGCUGGAGUAUGCUUAGAGAAGUUAUAAAGGAAGCCGUCCAUCGGUUUCCUCAUAUUCCAUUCCUGCUUAAUGGAGACUUCUAUACAAGAGACGAAUUUGUCAGCUUCAUGCGGGAUACAGGGGCGAGGGGUGUUUUAUUAGCUCGUCCGGCUUUGUUCAAUACCAGCAUUUUUUGUAAACCAUCU